CCGUAUAAGAGAGUCACGUGGUGUCAGUCAAGUUUCCGUGUUUACAGAGCUCAGAAAUCCGCUGCUGGUCGUCGGUGUUGAGUUUCUGAAGAGGAUGCGGCAGUCAUGGCAUUUCUAAAGACGCCAGAGCGAACCAAAGAGAGGUUUUCUCUCUUGCUGCUGGAUUUGGAAGAAUAUUAUUUUGAACAGCACACUGCGUACCAUGUGAUGAGCAGUUCAAAAAAGGAGAGAAAAAUCAGAGGCUCAUUCAAGGUUUGCUCCAGAUCGAUCAUAUUUGAUCCAGAGGAUCUUGACGAGCCAAUUUUAAAGAUUCUUCUACGAGACUGCAAGAAGAUUGAGUUUGUGGAGAAGGAGAACAACCCUUUCAACGAGCCUCGGCCAUCAGCCAUAUCUGUUUCAAGUGGACAGAUCAUUUACAUCAAAGAAAGCAACGUCAUAGCACCUUACAGAAACGACAGGGGAGCAAAGAAAAUAACCUUUGAGCUGGAAGUGUGGAAUAAAACUGAAGAUGUUGUCCAGACAUUACUACAGCUCCACAGGGCGUCCUGUCUGGAUAAACUCGGAGACCAGACUGCAAUGAUUGCUGCUAAUCUGCAGUCACGUCUGGCGAGGUCAUCAUUUGACAAAAACUGCUUUCAGAGUGUUGCUGAGAAGCCUCACAUGGAGUGUCCAGUGGAGAUGGUGUUGCCUCUGGUGUCCAAUCCAGGCCACGUCUGCAUAACAGAUGAAAACCUCUACUUCCAGCCUCUCAAUGGCUAUCCGGAACAUGUGAUUCAAAUCAAGCUGCACAGAGUCAGGAGAAUCUACAAAAGACGACAUGGUCUGCGACCCCUGGGUCUGGAGGUUUUCUGCACUGAGAAUGAUUUCUGCUCAGACAUCUACCUGAAGUUUUACAACACAGCUGACAGAGAUGAGAUCUAUUACUACAUCGCCACUUUCUUGGAGAACCAUGUGACGGAGCACACAGCAGAGAGUUACAUGUUGCAGUGGCAGCGCGGUCAUCUCAGUAACUACCAGUAUCUCCUGCACCUCAACAACCUGGCCGACCGCAGCUGCAACGACCUCUCCCAGUACCCCGUCUUCCCCUGGGUCAUCGCUGACUACAGCAGCUCUCAGUUAGAUAUGACAAAUGCUGCCACGUUCAGAGACCUGAGCAAACCUGUGGGUGCCCUCAAUAAAGAACGGCUGGACAGACUGCUGGCUCGCUACAGGGGCAUGCCUGAACCUCGCUUCUUGUAUGGAAGUCACUACUCAUCUCCAGGCUACGUCCUUUUUUACCUGGUCAGAGUUGCUCCAGAGCACAUGCUGUGUCUCCAGAACGGCCGCUAUGACCAUGCAGAUCGCAUGUUUAACAGCAUAGGUGAAACGUGGAAAAACUGCUUAGAAGGAGCAACUGACUUCAAAGAGUUAAUUCCAGAGUUUUACGGGCAAGACUCCAGCUUCCUGGAAAACAGACAGAGUCUUGAUUUGGGCCGGAAGCAGAAUGGAAGCUUAGUUGGUGAUGUCGUUCUCCCACCGUGGGCCUCAGAUGCCAGUGAUUUUCUUCAGAAGCAUAAGACAGCACUGGAGAGUCAGUAUGUAUCAGAGCACCUUCAUGAGUGGAUAGACCUGGUGUUUGGCUUUAAACAGAGAGGAAGUGAAGCUGUGGCAGCUCAGAACGUCUUUCACCCGCUAACCUAUGAAGGUGGCAUCGACUGUGACAGCAUUGAAGACACUGAUCAGAGGAUCGCCAUGCUGACGCAGAUCCUGGAGUUCGGCCAGACACCCAAACAGCUGUUCACCAGCCCCCACCCUCAGAGGAUCACACCGAGGUUUCAGAACAUCACUCGAAGCCCCAGCAUCAACUCACCCGUCAGCGACAUGUCUCCAGCCUCUCCGAGUGAGGAUUCAUCCUUUGAAGAUCUAACUGAGGAGAGCAGGAAGUUGGCUUGGACAAACAUGGGAAGUUUGAAAGUCGUUUCCAGCCACAAGAUCCAUAAAGAAGCUGUUACGGGAAUCGCUGUGACUCGAGACGGAGCCGCUAUUUUCUCCACAUCCCAAGACUCAACCCUUAAAAUGUUUUCCAAAGAGCUAAAGGACUUCCAGAGAAGCAUGUCCUUCUCUAACAUGGCAUUAUCAUCAUGUUUGAUGCUGGCAGAUGGUAAAACGGUGGUGUGUUCUUCGUGGGACAACAAUGUUUAUUUCUACUCCGUCCCGUACGGCAGGCGGCAGGACACGCUGAUGGGUCACGACGACGCCGUCAGUGAUAUGUGUUGGUUUGAUGACCGACUCUACACGGCAUCCUGGGAUUCCACUAUCAAGGUCUGGCAGUGUGCUUCUGACAGCUCAUCCAGUCACAAGAGAUCCCAGUUUGAGUUGCUGGCUGAACUGGAACAUGAUGCAGGGGUGAACACUGUUGCCCUGAACCCGGCGGGGACUCUGCUGGUGUCUGGCUGUAAAGACGGGACGGUCACUAUCUGGGACAACAGCAGCUAUGGGACUUUGCAGCAGGUCCACUGCCACAAUGGAACCAUCCACCACGUGUCCUUCAGUCCUGAUAGCCGACACGUUCUCAGUGUUGGUGUGGACUCCUGUAUGAAGGUUACUGACGUCCAGACGGGGAUGGUGAUCUCGUCUGUGAAAGCUGAGGAGGAGCAGAGAUGUUUCUGCUGGGAUGGGAACUCUGUGCUGUGUGGAGGUCAGUCUGGUGAUCUCCUUCUGUGGGACCUGCUCAGCAACACGGUCACCCAGAGGAUCCCUGCACACUCAGGUGCUGUCACAGCCAUGUGGAUGAGUGAGCUGUGCACCACGGUGAUCACAGGUGGAGAGGACAGACAGAUAAUCUUCUGGAAGCUCCAGAGUUAGAAGCAUCUCUGCAGAAUCCAGCUGCUGGUGAGAGGAAGACUUCCAGUGCAAUAUACUGGACAACACAGGCCAAGUACCCUGCUGACUACAUGACUCCACCACCGGACUUUCACAAGAGACUGUAAAUGUACAGCAUCUCAGAGGAGUUAGUGGAGAUGAUGACCACAAGUCUCUUAAUCCAAAACUAAACAGAAGGUCCCAUCCAGUCAUGAUAGUCAUCAUCUGCUUCUUGAGAGAAAAUGUCCAAGUGCAGGUUUGUGCAUGAGAGCAGGAAGCUAAAACUGUGUACCUGCCUUAUUUUACACUUUUGUUUUUAGCUUGUUAUAUAUAUGUGCGGAUUUUUGCCCCAAUUUAUUAUUUCUUAUGUGUCAUGUUACCCUCCUCCACACCCUCUAAUGUAUAAAGCGGGUUGAGCUAAUGGAUGGAUGGACCUUAAUUUGCUUUUUUUUUUUUUUUUUUUUUUUUUAAUUUAGCUUUCAUGUUUCUGUAGCUUUAUUUGCAUUUUAUUGUUUGAGGUGAACUUAUGUUAUCUGUCAGAGCUUGAUGCUGCUCAGGUGUUAUUACAAAAGCACAUUUACCUCUAAAACCUA